AUGGUUCCCUCAUUCAGAUCUUGUUUCUUUCUUCCUGCAUUGACAUGGCUGGCGCAAGAAGUCAGCAGUCACCCUGCUUGUCGCCCAUCCAUGGAGAGCGCUGGCGCAAUGGGCAAAGCCAUCUACCUCAUCACCAACGAGGAGACCAACGGCGUCCUUGCGCUACCUAUCGGCAAAGACGGCACUCUAUCUAAGGGUAGCAUCACCAUGACAGGCGGUGCUGGCUCUGUGGCUGUUGAUGCUGAUGGUAACCCUGCUACACCAGAUGCGCUGGUCAGUCAGUCAUCUCUGACCAUCGCAGGCAAGCAUGUCUUUGCUGUGAACGCAGGCUCGAACACCCUUAGCAUGCUGACCAUCUCGCGAUCCGAUCCCACCAAACUCGAAAUGGUCGGCAAACCGGUCGACAUCCCCGGCGAGUUCCCCAACACCGUCGCCGCCUCGAUGAAAAACAAGGUCGUCUGCGUGGGCUCAACUGGCGCCAAAGCUGGUGUUUCCUGCAGUAGCUUCUCCAAGAAAGGCCUCGGUGCUAUGGAUGAGCUACGACCGUUCGACCUCAAGCAGACGACACCACCCAAGGGACCUACCAAUACCGUUUCGCAAGUCCUCUUUUCCGAGGACGAGAGCAUGCUGCUUGCCAUGGUCAAGGGUGACCCGGCGGUCAACAACACUGGUUUCCUCUCCUCUAUGAAUGUUGAGAGGUCCAACGGUGCUGCAGCCGUCAGCAAGGAUGAAGUUCGCAGCUCCCCCGAAGGAACCGCCGUGCUAUUUGGCUCCCAGAUCAUCCCCGGUACCUCAAAGGUCUUCGCCACCGAUGCCUCUUUCGGCGCCGCAAUCCUCAACGUCGACCCCAACAGCUGCGAGGCCACAACCGUAGCCACCGGAAAAGUCGAUGGCCAAGCCGCAACAUGCUGGGUGGCCAUUUCACCCAAGACCAAGACAGCUUUCGUGACCGACGUUGGCAAGAACCGAAUUGUCGAGAUGAGCCUUGAGGACGCCAGCGUUAUCUCUGAGCUUGACUUGAGCUGCAAUGGCGACCCUGGCCUGAUUGACCUGGCUGCUGCUGGUAACUUUAUCUAUGCGCUGUCACCUGGAAACGGUACCACUGAGGCUGCGGUGUCUGUUAUUGAUGUGUCGGGUGGUUCUGGAUCAGCCAAGAUGGCGCAGCACUUUGAACUGAAGGGUAUGGCGGGCAAGACUGCCAUGGGAAUGAAGGUCAUGGUAUAA